AUGGCAUUGUUAAAAUGUAAUACAAAUUAUAUCGCAGUUGGCUCGGUGACUGCUUUUUGCGAGUCAAAUUCUAAAUGGAACAAAAAAAUAGGUUUUUUUGUAACCAUGAAUCAGUUAAGUAAAUGUGUUCCGUUGGACUCUGGUAAACCGUGCUCACAAAUCGGAAAUUUUCCUGGUACCAUUCAUUACAUGACAUGGUUACCUUAUACGACCAAGGAAGCACUAAUAACUAAGCUUGUUUCCGGUACGAGAACCAUCUUUAUAUGUGAUCCGGAUUUUACAGUAAAAGGUGAAUCUCAGUCAUUAUCUUUCGAUGGUAGAUGGUCUGCAGAGCCGCCAAAAUGUGUAUCAAUUUGGUCAGGAUGUGAGGUAUUGAGAAGCGAUCAAGGUUAA